GGGCCGCCCCCCAGCCCUGCCCCUGCCCGGCCCGGCCCCGCUCACCUGCGCCUCGCUGCGCGGCAGCCCCCCCGGCUGAGCUGUACAGCACCGACCGCCGCUUGCGGAGCCGCACCGCCUCCGGCAUCCGCGCCCGCAGCUCCCCCACCGCCUCUCUCGCCGGGGCAUGCGCGACCGCGGGAGGCGGGACAGCGCCGGUACUUCCGUCCGGUGCCUGCAGCCAGCGGCAAGCCGGGGCUCUGCCGUGUCCCGCGUUCAGGUGAGGGCGCCGGGGCCGCGGGCCGAAGCCGAGCCGGGGCCGCGCCGCAGUGCGCACCCUCCAGCCCCACGCGUGUCCGUGAGCCCGGCAGCAGCGCCUGCCAGCAUGAGGGGGCGGCUGCCGCUGCAGCACGUGGCUGUGGCCGUGGCGCUCGGCGUGGCCAGCGGGCUCUACAUCUACGGGCCGCUCUUCCAGCCGCCCGCGGCCCCACACGGCCCCGCCGCGCCGCCACCGGACGCCGCGCCCGACAAGAGGCUUUGAGGGAGGCGUGCGGCGCCGUUCCCGGGCACCGCCUCGCAGCCCGGCCCUCGCACGGCGCGUCCGUCGGGGGCAAUGGAGCCGCUCGGAGCCGGCGCGCCGUCACCUGCCGGGGCUGUCACCUGCCGGGGCUGUCACCUGCCGGGGCCGUCCCGCCCGAGCCGCCUCCGCAGCCUGGCCCCGCGCUGGAGCCGCCCGCCUGCGUGUUUGGUACCAGACUCCGAGACGUCAGUGUUGAAUCAUGGAUGACAUGCUGAAUGUCUGAAGGGCUGUUUCACCUCUAAAUUUAAAUGACAUCAGGAAACUCGAAAAAGAAAGCUGCUGCUGUGUGGUUAUGCUUCAUGGGUUUUGUUGGAUUGCCUCUGAUCUGAUCCUCCAAGUGAUAAAUACCAUUUUUCUCUGUUUCUCAUGGUGUCAGUUCUUAAUAUGUCAGCUCAGUUGGGAAAGCAGUUGUGCAAAUGGCUGAGAAGGGAACUGCACCCGACAUUGGUAGCUUAUCA